AUGGACGCGCCUGAUCGCAAGAGACUCAAGUCGACGUACAAGGCAGCACAGGAUCUACCGUCGCUGCCGCCCGGCUGGACCGAACACACGGCUCCAACAGGCCACAAGUACUAUUAUAACACGGCCACAAAAGCCUCGACCUACACACGACCUGCUGCCGCUCCUUCUCCCUCGCUCCCUACUCCACCCCAGGCACAACCUGCAUUUUCUCCCCCGCCAGCUGCCUUGCCUACCACCUAUACUCCCGCGCAGUACAACUCGAAUCCUGCCGCGCAAUACCCUCAAUCUGCUGCCGCAUACAACCCAUACCCAUCAAAUGCUCAGUACAAUCCAUACCCACCAUACGGCCAGCCUGCAUUCAACUCUGCUGCUCCCUCCCACGAGCCACGACGUCGACCACAACCCCACGAUCGCCCAAAGCGCAAAGAAGUUAUCCCGAACUGUAAACCAUGGGUCGUCGUGUAUACCAAGCUUGGCCGACGCUUCGUCCACAAUCCCGACACCAACGAGAGUUUUUGGAAGUUUCCUGAUGAUGUUAUGAAGGCCCUGGUCGAUUUCGAUCGCUUGAAGCUGGAUGAAAAACUCAAGAGUCCUGACGAGGCUAGCAGUGCCAAUAAAGUCGCUCCAGAGGACAAGGCCAAAUCGCAAGAGCCGGAGAAACCACAGGAAGAUGCUGCAGGGUCGGACUCGGAAUACGAAGAGAUCGAGGUCACUGACGACGAAGACGAUGAGGGUGGUGCGCCGCGUCAAGAAGAAGGCAAUGCCGAAGAAGAUGGACCUCUGGAGUUUGACGAAGACGACAUUGCCUAUCAACUGGCUGCAAUGGAAGACUCGUACGGCCUCGAUCGCGGCGAGUUUGGAGGCGGUGGUGAAGACGAAUACGAAGAGGGCAUGGAAGGCAUUCCUCUGACCGACGAGGACGGAGCCGCACUAUUCUGCGACAUGCUCGAGGAUCAACACAUCUCCCCUUACAUACCCUGGGAAACUCUCAUCUCCGAUGGCCGCAUCAUCGACGAUAGCAGAUACACCGCUUUGCCAACCACAAAGCGCAGAAAGGAAGUCUGGGCCGACUGGACUCGUACCAAGAUCGUUCAACUCCGCGAACAAAAGGCCAAACAGGAGAAACUGGAUCCACGCAUCCCAUACCUAUCCCUUCUUUCCGAAAAAGCAACACCAAAGCUCUACUGGCCAGAAUUCCGCAGGAAAUACAAAAAGGAAGAUGCUAUGCGCGAUGCAAAACUAAGUGACAAGGAGAGGGAGAAGUUGUACCGCGAGCACAUUGCUCGUCUGAAACUUUCGGCUUCGCAGCUGAAAUCAGAUUUGAUUGCCCUGCUCAAAUCUCUACCUUUGAAACACCUCAACAGAGACACCAGACUUGAGAAUCUGCCCAAGGAUCUUCUGAUCGACAUUCGAUUCAUCUCUCUACCUCCCAAGGCUCGCGACGAUUUACUGGAAGCACACAUCUCUACUUUGGCACCAGCUCCAGAUGAGGAGGAAGCUGCGACCGAGGAAGAAAGAGCAGAGCAGGAGAUACGAAGCAAAGAAAGGAGACGCAGAGAGCAAGCACUGAGGGAAAGAGAGCAGAAAGUGGAAGAAGAGAAGAGGAAGAGAGAAAGAGAUUUAGCAUUUGGACGAGGCAGAUUGGGUGAGGCCGAGAGGGAGUUGGAGCUGGCCAUGAAGGUUGGCAGAAGUGGGUUGAGAGCGCAGAUCGAUGAGGCCAAAGAGGACGAUGAGUGA